AUGGAGGAAGCUGCAGCUGUGCAGACAGCUGCAGCGCCGGCCGUUCGACACCGGCAGCAGCGCCUCGCAUGUCUUACGGAGAAGAUUCUCAACGCACGUCAGCACCUGCUGCGUCACCGCCGUGACCACUCUAAGAAGCGCAUUCUUUCGAUAUGGCUGGCGCGGAGACAGCGUGUCAUGAAAUACCUCUACAGGACGGACUUUGACCUCUACAAACUCACCUGCAGUCUCCUCCGCAUAAAGUGUGUUCACUUCGCUAUACCGGAUUCGAGGGACAGACAGCGGGCCAUAAGUCCGGUGGCCGUCGACGGAGACCGUUGUAAAUUCUUAAUUCGACAGCGCCUGUGGAAAGGUCGCUACCGGCCGAGGCCUGUGAAGCAAGCGGAAGGCAAGACUGUGCGGUACACACGCCACGUCAUGGAGCAGCCGCCACCGGGCUGGAAUAUGCCCCACGAGACAAAGCCGCGAAUCAGCAGGGCCUGGCCGUACGGCGUCAAGGAGGAGCGACUCAAAGGGGAGUACACAAUCCCCAACCCUACUGCUGCAGGCAUUGGGCACUGCCCUGUGCCACUCUUCUUCUGA